AUGCCAAUCACAGCAGAACAACACACAGACGAACCACCAUCAUAUCAACCGCAACAACCAAUACCUAGUCCACCCUACAGACAACACAGCUUCGCCCCCAUGGCCCCUCCUCCUCCCCAAACACCAACCCUGAAGCCAUUCCUCGGUCUCCCCUCACGCCUCCUCCUAUCAACACUAUCCAUUCCCCUCAUCUCCCUCCUUUUUGUCGCAUUCCGUCUCCUCUCCUCCUCUCGCAACGCCUCAGACUCUGUCGCGUCGACAAAAGCCUCCCUGCUCUCAGCAUGUCACAACGCCGAAUCAGUCGCUUCCCUCACCGCCUCGCUCCCGCACUUCCUCGCUACAACCGCGAACGUCCAUUUAUCUCAAUCUAUCACAUCCAGCGUACAUGGUGCAGCUCGCGUAUUUUCCCUCUCCCUAACCGCCAUCGAAAAAGUCUUGACUUAUAUUAUCGAUUCCUACCGGUCCCUAUUCCUAUGUUUUAUGGAGCUCCUAGUCCGAGGCUCGCUCGCAGUGCUUAUUGAAGCAGUCCAAUUAAUAUCCCAAGCAAUAACUGCUGCUGGGCAAGGCAUACGUGCGGCUAUACAAGAAUCUGUUUCUGGAGCAAACACUCUCCUCUCUACAGCUAUAUCGGGGAUAAAUGAUGUUGUAGGGGUGUUCGGACAACGUAUUACCCCGCCCAAUAUUCCGGUUCCGAAUUUGCAAGCGUUGACGAAUAUAACCCUGCCACAUGAGAUCGAGGAUGGCUUGCUAAAGCUAAAUGCAACACUUCCAACACUGGACGAGCUCAGGCAGAAGAUGGAUGCGAUCAUCCAAGGGCCGUUUGAACGGAUGAAGUUGGAAGUGAACCAAACUUUGGGUGGGUGGACAUUCAAUGAUAGCCUGCUCGAACCACCUCGGAUGGAGAACAUAACUUUUUGCGAUCGGGUAAAUAUGGAGCCACUUGAUGAGCUGGGCAUGCAACUUGAAAGGGUCGCAAAGUGGGGACUAAUUUUUAUAGCUCUGGUUGCAAUGCUGGUGGUGCUUGUUAGUGUUGGUUGGGAAUGGUGGAGGUAUAGAAGGGAGGUGAGAGCUGUGGAAAGGACCAAAGAGGUAUAUUUAGCAAGGUACGCAGGGGAAAAAGGCAAAGUGUUGGAAAAGGAGAAUCUCACCCAGCUCUUAACUAUUUCUCGACACCCUCUCAUCUCUUCCUUCGCCCAAACCUUUUGUGGUAGGCUAGGGUUCAGGACGGCGAGAGCUCAAGAUAGGAUUUCGUGGUUGGUUUGUUUCCUAACUCAUCCAGCGUCCCUCGCAUGUCUCUUUACAGGAUUAUUAGGGUUGCUUUCGGUUUCGCUGCAAUCUUUCCUUCUCCAUCGAAUGACAGCUAAUUACGCCUCCAACAUUGACACCUCCCUCACCCAUCUCUCUUCCGACGUCAUAUCUCUCGUAAACUCCCACACCGCCAACGCAUCCGCCACAUUUUCCCGCUCAACAAAUGCAAUCAUAUCAGAUAUCGAAACCGAACUAAACACCCACGUCUUCGCCUGGGUAAACACCACAACCAACACCCUGAACACCACCCUUAACGAAUUUCUAGAUGGCAUAACCGAUGCACUCACCACAACUUUCGGCGGAACACCUUUUAAUGCUCCACUACAGACUUUCGUGCAGUGUAUAUUAGGGCAAAAAGUUAGAGGGGUGGAAAAGGCGUUCACUUGGAUUCAGGAGAACUCGCAUGUGGAAUUUGAUAGAGUACCGGAGGACGUGCUGAUGGUGGGAGCGGAGAGGGGUGAGGUGCUGUUGAGGCCGGUGAGAGAGGCGUUGGUUGGGGGAGCGGAUGGAGAGGGGAAGGGGGUGGUAGGGAGGGCAAUCGAGGGUUAUAAGGAAAGGUUAAGGGACGAGAGAAUCCUUUUUCUCGUUCUGGUUGGGAUCUGGUUAGCGAUUCUACUGGUUGCUUUGUUGGUUGUGUUCUACGCAACACUUAUUGAUUCGAGACUGGAAAAAGAGGUAAAAGAGGGAGGAGAGGGAGUGGGGGGCGAGGAAGUGGAAGAGAAGCUUCAAGACGAUCUCACCGCUGCCCCUGGUGUACAGAGGUGGCCAAAUUUCUUCCGCUUUCGCAAGGAGAAGAAGGAGCCAGCCUCAACCACACCACACCAACUUCGAGAUCUGGUCCUACGCCCAAGUUCACCCACCCACUCCAACCGAUCAAACCGCACACAUGUUGCCAAAGAAAGCAUCUCCUAUCCAUUCCAAGUUCAUCAUUUCCUUAAAACUUCCUCCCAAGCACGACAACCUACUCCACUAAGAACCAUCACCACCACCCCUACCGCCAAUCCAGACCGAAACUCAACCCUAUCCACCUCCCACCCCGCCCAACCAGUAUCGGAGGACCGCAGAAGCUCUCACAGCUCGUGGCUGUCUUUUCUUGCGACCCUCGCCACAUCCGACAAUGCAGCAACUGAGGAAAGACGGAGGACGGCGGCAGAAGAUCGAUUUCAACGGCUGUUUGGAUGCUCUCCUGCUGCUUCUCCUACAACCUCUCAAUUUGCGCAUCAUAUGUCAGCGCCGGUGGAGGUAAAUAAGGAGAGGAGAUGUCGAGAGACGUUGGAUUUGCUGCCAAAAGGAACGAAUUGGAUGGGUGGGAGGAGUCCGCUUCCCCAUCCCUCCACCAGGGGCGAUGAGGGUGAGGCCGAUAGUAGCCGGUCUACUGAGGUGCAUCUCACUCGGUCAGGUCCAACUGGGGAAGAAAAUGGAACGAUGGCGAGGAGCGAAAGCUACUCAUUUGCAGACACAACUGGGGCAACGAAGGUGGAGCAGCAACAGCAGCAGCAACAGCAAAGGAUACCUUCAACACAUUCCAUUCCUUUUUAUGCUUGGUAG